CAACCACCAUAUUCCCCCUCGAAAAUAUUCGUUCCGCCUGAACCAAACGGACUAUACUCUUUUGGCCCCACUCCCCGAGACUCAGAAUCAGUUGCUUCUUCCCCCUCGAAAAUAUUCGUGCCGUGCCGCCUGAACCAGACGGACUAUACCCUUUUGUAUCCCACUCCUCGAGAGUCCAGACUCAGAAUCAGCUGUGUUUAGGGGGAGAGAGAAAGAAGGGUGUUAGGGAUGGUUUGUUCAGGUCAAAUUUUGGCUGCUUCUUAUUCACCGACGCCGUCGUUGCCGUACAAUUCACGAUUUUCGUACUCCAGAUUUCUCCAGGGAAGGAUCAAAUCAAACCUCAAAUGGCGAUCUAUGGCGUCGGAGGCCGAUUCGUCUUCUUUUGCGCCUUCGAUCGACUCUGAUUCAACCGAUAAAAAAGCCGAUGGCUUCUGUAUCAUUGAAGGACCUGAAACAGAGCAGGACUUCGCCAAAAUGGAGUUGCUAGAAAUUCAAGAUAAUAUUCGAAGUCGUCGGAAUAAAAUCUUUUUGCAUAUGGAGGAGGUUCGCCGGUUGAGGAUACAACAGAGAAUUAAGAGUGCUGAGCUUGGAAUCAUAAAGGAGGAACAAGAGAAUGAACUUCCUAAUUUCCCAUCAUUCAUUCCAUUUUUGCCACCGUUGAGCUCAGCAAAUCUUAAGCAAUAUUAUGCCAGUUGUUUCUCUCUCAUAGCUGGGAUUAUUGUUUUUGGCGGUCUUCUAGCACCUACUCUGGAGCUAAAACUGGGACUAGGAGGCACAUCAUAUGAAGAUUUUAUCCGUAACAUGCAUCUGCCCAUGCAGUUGAGUCAGGUUGACCCUAUUGUGGCAUCAUUCUCUGGUGGAGCUGUUGGGGUGAUCUCAGCAUUGAUGGUAGUUGAAAUAAAUAAUGUAAAACAGCAGGAGCAUAAAAGAUGCAAGUACUGUCUUGGAACAGGCUAUCUUGCUUGUGCUCGCUGUUCAAGCUCAGGAGCACUUGUUCUAAUUGAACCAGUCUCAACACGUAAUGGCGGGGAUCAGCCUCUGUCACCACCUAAAACUGAAAGAUGCCCGAACUGUUCAGGAGCAGGAAAGGUCAUGUGCCCUACAUGUCUUUGUACAGGGAUGGCUAUGGCAAGUGAGCACGACCCAAGGAUUGACCCUUUUGACUAGAGAUGCAGAUGAUUUUGCUUCUCCCUGUUGUUGGUUAAGAUGUGAUGCUUUUCUACUGCAUUAUAUUUUUCACCUGGCUAUUUUCUGUACAUAAUCUGCUCAUUAAAAUUAUAACUUCCCACGCCCACGCCCACGCCCACAUAUGGUCCAGAAUUAGUUUUUCUGCCGCCACGGACUCGCAUUUUGAAAAACUAUUUACCUUUUGUAUGACCUCAAUAAUAUAUGUUAUUUUUUAUAGUAGGA